UGAUUAUUUGCUAACAAGUUAACUAAAAUCUUGAUAAGUAAAUAUCCAGAUUUGUCAUUUAAUAAUGAUGCUUAGUUUUUCAUGGGUAAUCCGAUCAGGCGAAGAUUUUGGUUUGUUGCUGUCAUAGUUUGGAUUGGAAUGAUUUUACUCUCUGUUUCCUUUUACCUCGAUUUGACCCACGGUUUCGUUCCGAACUCUGCCUGGAAGUCGGUGCUAUCAUGUCGCACGCCAUUUCCGGUUCAGCCCGAUUACCCAGAACCAGAUAAGGGAAGGAAGGAUCCCAUAUUUGCUGGGAGGUUGAUUUCUUGUCACCCUCCGCCUCCAAGUGAUCGUCACCACGCCAAAGUCGUAGCGACGUAUGUGGAGCACCUCGAGAGAAGUGGAGACCUGGAUAUUGCCCCCUUUUUAAUUCUUGUCGUGCUCAUCGUGGGGGUCGGAUUAUAUGUGGGGCCAGCAAUGCAGGCAAAAUAUCGGGAAGGGCAUUAUGUCAUGGUGCUGGAGUUGUCCUUCGGAGUCCUCGGUCUGUCCUCCCUCGUCAUCCCGCUCGUGAUCUUGUUCGCCCUGAGCGAGGCGCAGGACCGCGUCGUCGACGCGGUUAACCAUCUUGACGCCGAGUUCAACACGACUACGAGUGGAAACAUCCUCCCUGCUCCGACUUGUAGCACCACCAAGAACAAUGAGACUAGCACAGAUGCUGAUAAGUUACUCUGCUUAUCGGCGGAGGUGUGGCAUAUCAUCGCGUUAAAGUGCAUUCUCCAUAGUGAGGGAGGUCUCACCCGGGUCGGAUCAGCGAAACAGUUGAACGCCAAAGUGAGGGAGAGGAACAACGUGUGGCAAACGACCCCACUCACUUUCACCGGAAGUGAGAUAAGCUACACGUUCCAUCAUCUACAAGCUUUAGGGUUCUGUCCCUAUCUUCGAACGAGGGGCUGGGCGGCGCUCCUCGUCAUUAUCGCAAUCGCUACAUUUUGUGGAGUAUCAUUUCUCGGGUGCUGUUUAAAAAAUACUUCUCCCGUCUAUCCGGAAGACAACUGGGAGGGUGAGACGCCAAAAAAGGUGAAGUCACUGCCAGAGGAGGAUGACGACGUUAAAUCUAUCAUCACUGCUACGAUAAGGCCUUUCGACAAGGACGAUGUAGAAUCCGUCAUGUCUAAACUGACCGUGAAAGAGGAUUUGUCAACCACGCUGGCGAUGCUUCGGAUCGAGGGAAAACCGGGUUUGGAGUCACAGUGGAAACUUGGACCCACUUCAGAGAAACCAUCCAUCGCCGUUAUUCUGGAACCACCCAAUCCGAAACGGAGACGGAAAAGCCGUGCCAAGAAAAUUAAUAAAAAUUUCGCCGCUGAAUCUCCAGAUUCCGGCUCAUCCGACGCCGACGAAUUCCAACGCCGACGAAUUCCAACGCCUCGAUGUAGACCUGGUCGAAACUGACACGUCGAAAAAACGACAAAGUCGGACCCUUACUAGAAGAAAGAGUAAUGCUAAAAAGAAGUCGAAACAAAUAAAGAAACUAUAGUUGUAAUUUAGGCAAAAUAAAGGACAUCUUAUUAAAAAUAUAAAUUUUCUUAUGCUUGCUUCUCCAUGAUAUCUCAUAAGUAAAAUAAGUAUAAAAAAUAAAAACAACUCUACAUAUUAAAAUAGUAUAAAA